GGAGGGAAAGACAAGGGGACCCCACCUCUUUCUCUCUCUCUCUCACACACAUUAUCCAUCUUCUUCUUGUUGUGUUGUGCUGUUUGUUUUGUUUUUCCUCGUUACUUUCACAAACAAAUGUAGACAUGGUAUUUUAGGCUGCUGUUGCAAAGUUAGUGUUUUUUGGUUUAGAUGUCCGAGUCCGAAUCACCUGUACUACUACUACUCUUGGUUGCUUCUUCUAACAUAACAAGCCUUUCACAUAGUUUGAGGUUCAGUGCAGGAAAAUUUGAUCAAUGGAGAGGUUGAACUCAAAGCUGUACCUGCAGAACUGUUACAUAAUGAAAGAGAACGAGAGACUGAGAAAGAAGGCACAGCUUCUUAAUCAAGAGAAUCAGGCACUGUUGUCUGAGCUCAAACAGAAACUCUCCAAGGGAAAUCAGAAAGCUAAUGCUUCAAACACCAUUCUUGACCUGAGUCUGAGCUCAAGUGGCAGUCAAAAUCCUUCUAGUUCCUCAAACUAAUGUUCUUAGCCAUGAGAAGCAUUGUGACCCCUCUAGUGACAGUAAUUGUUUUUCCUUUUUUUCUUUUAAUCUUUUUGUGUAAAACCAAUGUCAGCAGUGUAGUUGUAGUUUCUGUUCCAUAGGACAAUACUAGCAACCCUCUACCAGGGCACUAUUACUUCCAUUUCCAUGUUUAAUCAACUUUUCUUUUUUGGGGGGUUAGAUGUGAAUUUCUCAAACUACAAGGUUGUAAGAUGGUGUUUCAGCUCUAUCUGCUAGAAAGGAAUAUAAACUUAUUAUAUGCUUA